ACACUACAGAGCCUUAAAAAAAAAAAAAGAAGAAAUUGUUGACGCUGGUAACUAUAACAAAAACAUUUAACAGGGGCUCUGAGAAAGCAGACUCAGAAUUUGCUCGCCGAGAGAAUGGGAGAAUCACUACUCCAAUUGGUUUUCGCCGUCGCUCUCACUCUGUUCCUCACUUCCUCGUUAGCUUUCCAAUCAGACGAGCUUCUCCUCGACGACGAAGAGUUUGGCCUCGAAGGUGCUCGCUCAUCCUUCGAUUCCGAUUCUCAUUCACCUUCUUCUACCACUCGCAAGAGGUUUUCUGACUCUGCCUCCGAUUCCAAGAUCCAGUUCCCUCUCCAACACGCUUUUGGAGAUUCCGAUUUCUCCGACGCCGGUAACUUCUCCGCUCGCCUCAAGACUUGGAGCCACGGCGGCCAGACAUUGACGAAGUUGCGGUUUAAGCGGGAUCCUUUCACUGACACUGAGCAGAAGAGAUUUCAAGAGCUGUUGAAAGGAGAUGAUUUCUAUAAGAUUAGAUUGCCAUCCAAUGUUUUGAGUCCUCCUGGCAGGGAAUAUAUUAUUUCUUCUGUGAAAGCUCGAUGUCUUCCAGGGGAUGGAUUGGAGGAGCAUUUUGUAAUACAUAUGGAAGGUGUUAACAUCUUGGCUGUCAAUUAUGGUGCUCCUGGGGCCUGCCCUUAUCCCCGACAACUGAAGCUUCCUGCAAAGUGGUCUUUCAAGUCUCACACAGUUCUGAAGAACAGUGAACAAGCACCAAGAGCUCCGAUAUUUGCUGAAGAUGUGCUUGGUGGAGAGGAGGGAGAUGGUGAGGCUGUAAAGCCAGUAGAAAAGUCCUUUUGGGCUAAAUACUGGAUGUACCUGAUCCCUCUUGGACUCAUAGUGAUGAAUGCUGUCACUCAAGCUAUGAAUAUGCCUGAGGAACAAGCUGGUGGUCAGGCACAGCAGCAGCCAGGAUCUGCAGUACAGCGUGGAACAAGUUCCGGCGUGCGUAGAAGAUGAUAAGUUGGCUUCCUCCACUCGGAACACAUUAUUUGAGGACACUGUUAAUGAAUGAAAUCUUAGGUUGACCUUUUAUGUAACAUUUUUAAAUAAUUUUAAAUGCUUAUAAUUAGCUUUGUCAGACCCAUACGAAAAAAAAAAUUGAUUUGCUUGUAAACUUUGAAACAGCGGUGCCUUUUAAGUUUCCUGUUAGAUUGACUAGUUAUUGUUAUAUAUUGAAAUUUUGACAAGAAUAUCCGUUUGGGUUAUCUGAUUUUGUAUGAUGUUUCUGGGACAAUUCUU